UUAAAAAUUCUUCAUUAAGUUUACUCAUACAUGUUUUAUGCUUAUUACACAUAGUAUUGUUUUUAAAACAUGUAAUUUAUAAGAAAAUAAACAAAAACCCUCGCUAAAUUUAUUUGCCAAAAAAAACAAAACACAGUAGAAUUGAUAAAAAAUGGUAUACCAGAAGCUAAUACCAGUACAUGUACUUUGACGCUGUUCGGUGGGUAAUAUUCAUUUGUAAUUUACGAAUUGAAAUAUUGACUGUUGCACUACAAGUACGGUACCGUAAUAAACUCUCUCUCUCUCUCUCAAACUCUCUCUCUCUCUCAAUUUGAUAAGUGUUUAUACCUAUGAAAAUUUCUUAAUAUUAUAUUAUGACUUGAUAUGCAAUUUUUUGAUCUUGUACUGCCUAAAUGUUAUAUCAUGUAUUGGGAUAUGUCAUACUUAUUACACUGCAUGGUCAGUGUAUUUUUUACAGAAAUACUAUGCAUAUGUUAAUGUAAACACAGCUAUUACUAGUACAUGUAUGUAAACACAGCUAAUUAUUUUUUUUUUUUAUUUCAGCUCAAAACAGCCUCUUGUUACCACAUGGCUUUUACCGGUACCUGUUGAUUCUUGUGGGUCAGCUCCUGAGAUUAACCUGUCACCUCUAUCCACAUGCAUAUUCCUUGUGUUCUACAGACUAUUUACCGAAGAUGCAUACUACUCCAGUACUUCUAGUUGGCAUAUGCCUGUUGCAAGCUGGUGUUGCAUGGGCAGAUACAUGUCCCGCGUAUUGCUUUUGCAAUAAAUUACUCACGUCGGUGAAUUGCGAAGGCAAAAGGUUGAUGAAAAUACCUACAGACCUGCCAAAAACGGUCGAAAAAUUGUAUCUGCAGCACAACGAAAUUGCUGAUCUAGAGCCGAACUCUCUCUGUGGGCUUUCCGAAUUGCAGGAACUUUAUCUACAGAAUAACAAACUUUCCUUUAUAAAGAGUUUGACAUUUACCGGAACAUGUGUACCGAAUUUAAAAGUGAUACGACUUGACAAUAAUCGCAUCAGUUCGUUGGAAGAAAAUGCAUUUUUCAACAUGACAAACCUCAAUAUUACAUAUUUCACUAAUAACAUGAUCACACAUAUUAAUCCGCUUUCAUUUGUUGAAUGUUUUAAGAUGUCUUUCUUGCAUUUAGGACAAAACUAUUUAGAUCACAUUCCAGCGAUAUCAUUUCUAACUGGACUACAGCAGCUCAGCAUACAAGGAAACAAAGUAAAAAACGCAACAUUUCCAACUAGCUAUGAAAACUGCACACUGCUGUCAACAAUUGGUCUUAGCACAAAUUUCAUAGAAAAUCUCACUAAGGAAACUUUUCAGAGUCUGCAAAAUUGUCCCGUCAGAAAGUUGGAGUUAUCGAGAAAUAAAAUAACUGACAUUUCCAAGGAAGCCUUUCUGCCUUUAACAAAACUGGUGUCUCUUACAAUCAGCCAAAAUCAUUUAACGGCCCCUAAACUUAAAAUUGGAUUAGAAGGUCUCAAAUCCUCCUCACUCAGCUCACUUAAUAUAGCAAGACUUCAACUUGGAGGACAAUUGCCCUCUUCCACAUUUGCACUUCUUAAUGGAACAGUACUGAAGCAAUUGCUUAUGAGUAAUAACAAAAUCAAUCAACUUCCUAGUCGUGCAUUUGCCACUUUAAAAAGGCUAGAGCAGAUCGACUUGAAGGGCUGCAAGAUUCAGACAAUUGCCAACGACACUUUUGCAGGACUCCACUUUCUCACCAAUUUGAACCUUGCAGACAACUAUUUGGACAAAGUUCCCACAAAUCUUCCAUCAUCGCUGAAUAUACUAUAUCUCAAUGGAAAUCAAAUCAUUGCUCUUGGUGAAAAUUCAUUCGUGAAUCUAGUAUCGUUGAAAAACCUUUACCUGGGUGCCAACAAAAUUUCUGAGGUAAACAAAUUGGCUUUCAAUGGUUUGGUCAGCCUACAAAAACUGCAUUUGGUUUCCAAUAGUAUAAGUAGUCUAGCCGCAGAACUGUUUGCUCCAUUCGGAAGGCUGAUUUCCCUCGAACUAAAUAAGAACAAUUUGAAAACAGUUCAAAAUUCACCAGACAUUUUCUCAUCAAUGACGUCCUUGUUGUAUCUUUCAUUGGCUGAUAACGGCUGCAGUAUAAUGCCAUUGUCGUCAUUCAAACACUUGCAAUCACUGAAAUACUUGUUACUUGAUGGUAAUAAUCUUGGAGAUCUAAUUGGAAGUGACAAUUCUGGGACUUUGUUUGCUGGAUUACACAAACUAGAAACACUUAGUCUUUCAAAGAAUUUCCUCCACAACCUACCAACAUCGAUGUUUAGAGAUCUUAGCUCCUUAAAAACAUUAACAAUGCAGGGCAAUAGAAUUUCUGGGUGGAACAAUGCUUUAUUCAAACAAACUUCUGCGCUCAAAACCCUAGAUCUUAGUGACAAUUCUAUAUCGUUAGUGAAUUCAACUUCCUUGGAAGAUCUUUCACAAAACCAAAAUUUUCAGAUGCUGAACCUGAGCAACAAUCCAUUUGCAUGCACUUGCGACCUUCGAUGGUUUAGAGAUUGGGUAAACCAAACCAAGGUGAAUGUUGCAAAUGUCGAAAAUUACGUGUGCAAUUCCCCAGAUGCAUGGAAGGGGAAACCUUUCUUGUCAUUUGAUCGGACUAAAAUUAACUGUGUUUGGUUUAACCUGUAUUUUGUGAUCGGUGUUAGCGUGGCAUCUUCUGUUGCUAUGCUUAUCUUCUGUGUCUUCAUCUAUAGAAAGCGAUGGUGGAUUCUCUAUCGGUGUUACCGUCUGAAAAACUCCUGCAUGGCUCCACAAAGCAGAGCUGAUUAUCAGCCAAUUAAUAGUGAACAUAGAUGGAAAUAUGACGCCUAUCUAUCGUAUGCUGAUGAAGAUUACCAGUGGAUCCUCGAAAACUUACUCCCAGGUAUAGACUCCGGAGAGCUGUCACCGGAAGAAACAUUUAAUGGGGAGUUUAGGUUGUAUUUUAACGACAGGGACUCUGUUCCUGGAAGCAGUAUGAUUUCCAACAUCUCAGACAACAUUGAAAUGAGCAGAAAAGUCAUCAUCGUCUUGACGAAGAAAUAUCUUUCUAGUGCUCAGCACACAUUUGAAAUUGAUCUUGCUGUUAUGUUGAAAUUAAAAGACAUCAUUGAUGAUAUCAUUGUGAUUAAUGUUCUUGGUGUUCCAUAUCAAUCCAUUCCAAAAUCGCUGCAAAGGAAAGUUUCUCGAGACGAAUUUCUACUAUGGGAAGAUGAAGUCAAUGCCAGAAGAGUAUUUAAACAGAGAUUAAUAGAAGCACUGACGAGUAAACGGAAAACGAGGGAGGUCAUUGUUUAAAAAACUUAUUCACUGGUUGUCAACUAAGGGCAAUUAUUUUUAUAUUUAUGGCUUGAAAUAGACUGUGAUUUUGACAUUUGGUGCCAAUGAAAUACAAAGUUGGAAUAUUCUU